AUGAGUGCAUCUGGAUCUGGUGAUGCGACGCUUGGCAUUGUUCAUACGUUGAUGUGCCAUCGUCAAGGCGGUGAAUCGGAAAAUUUUGCUAAACGUGCCGUAGAAUCGUUAGUAAAAAAAUUAAAAGAUAAGCGCGAUGAACUUGACGCUUUGAUUACAGCUGUGACUUCGAAUGGAAUUCAGCAAUCUAAAUGCGUUACUAUCGCUAGAACUUUAGAUGGUCGAUUACAAGUUGCUGGUAAGAAGGGUUUCCCUCACGUUAUUUAUUCGCGAAUCUGGAGAUGGCCUGACCUUCACAAAAACGAAUUAAAGCAUAUAAAACUUUGCAAAUUUGCCUUUGAUCUUAAAUUGGAUCAUGUUUGCGUUAAUCCUUAUCAUUAUGAGCGAGUUAUUUCACCUGGUUAUAACGUAACUGAUAUUUCUAUAGGUGCAUCGCAGAUACCACUAACUGUCGAUCCGACUGCAAUAACAAAUAGCAUGCAUGCUUCUCGUCAGCAGCCUAAUGAAGCCGCAAUUAGGAUGCAUAAUAAUCAACCUUCACCUAUGGCAAUGAUGGUAAAUAGUCCAGAUCCUCGUAUGAUAAUGAACGGUGGUAUCUCGGCGCCUACGGCCUCAACUUCAUGUGUAGAUAACUCUGGAGGAACUAGGAUGAUGGGUCUUGAUCCCGAAAGCGUUGGUUGUUUAUUUAAAAUCAGUACAUUUGACCUGUUAAAAAUCAAAACAACAAUUUUUGUAGAACCCGGAGACCAAUUCAUGUAUGAUAAUGGUAAAUGGCCUACAUCUGGGUAUAAUAAUAGUAUCCCAGUUAACCCUCCUCCUCGGACUCAAGCAGCAAGUUCUCCGUCAGCGGCUUCCAUGCCCAGACCAAUAUCUAGUCAACCUCCUCCGGACAAUUGGUGCACUAUAGCCUACUACGAGUUAGAUUUACAAGUUGGAGAAUCAUUUAAAGUCCCUUCUCAGUUUCAUACUGUUUCUGUAGAUGGAUUUGUUGAUCCAUCUGGAGGCAAUAGAUUCUGUUUAGGCCAACUUUCAAAUGUGCAUCGUACUAAAGAAAGUGAACGUGCCCGUCUUCAUAUCGGUAAAGGUGUAAGAUUGGAAUGCCAUGGUGAAGGUGACGUUUGGUUAAGUUGUCUUAGCGAGCAUAGUGUAUUUGUCCAAAGCUAUUAUUUAGACCGAGAAGCUGGCCGAGGGCCGUUUGAUUAUGUGCAUAAGGUUUAUCCUAAGGCAUACAUUAAGGUAUUUGAUUUGCAGUUAUGCUAUCAACAAAUGCAACAAGAAGCCAGCAAAGCUCAAGCGGCAGCAGCCGCGCAGGCCGCUGCUGUUAUUGGUACUGGUGGUAGUGUAGGUGGAAUUGCUCCUGCUAUAAACAUGGGUUCUGCUCUUGGUAUAGGAGUCGAUGACUUACGGCGAUUAUGCAUUUUGCGAUUUAGUUUCGUUAAAGGGUGGGGACCUGAUUAUCCUCGUAAGGAUAUUAAGCAAACACCCUGCUGGGUUGAAAUUCACCUUCAUCGAGCUUUACAGCUUUUAGAUCAAGUAUUGCAAUCGAUUCCAUCUACAAAUCGAAUGCCACCAGAUUAA